GCUGAGCGCAGCGUUGCGGCUCUGCUGGGGCGCGGGGGAAGCAGAGGGCACCGGGUGUCCCCACGCUGCUGCGCUGUGAGGUGAAGUGAGAAUCAGGGGAUGAGAAAGCGGGCAGAAGGGGGGCGGGGUUCGCAGCCGCCACCGGCGAGGAGCCGCGCCAACGCAGCCGUGUUCCCACCGUCCCGUGUCGGGCGGUGCUGGCGCUCCUGCAGUGCGGGACGCGCAGUGACUGCACUGGGGUGACUGACGCUGCGGCUCUGUAGGUCACGGCGGGAGAGCGGAGGGCUGCGUGUGUGUGUGGGGAGGGUUUGGAAUGAGUGCAGUGAGUGAUGAAUCCCUGCCGGAUCAGCUUCCCCAGCAAAGCCUGGGGCUGUGUCUGUGUGGGAUGGCUGCAGAGGGGUGAAACGGUGCCUGAAGUCUGAGGGAGAAGCAGGGGGCUCCAGGUCCCGGCGUGGUGGUUUUGGGGUGUGGGUCGCUGCUGGUGGCACAAGAAGUGCCCUGGGGAAGAGCUCACUACUCUGUCCUGCACAGGGCUUGGUUGUGGGCUGGCCACGUUCUGUGGGCCUUCUGUGGGCUGGGGCUAAUGUUUCUAAUGAAGUGUGUGGUGGUGUGGAGCUUGGGAGUCAACCAGCAAUAUCCUGGGGGGUGAUCUGGGAAUUGGAGGUGGAAUAACUUGUAAUAGCAAGGCAAUCUGUCUUGGAUAAGACAUCAGACUGUAAGCUGGCUCCCAACUGCCAGGGUGGAUGAAGGGGCAUCUUGCCAGCCCCCCACCUGGUCUCAUGUAGCCCAGCAGUGUGUUCCUGGCAAGGCUGUGCAAGGCUCCUAGGCUCAGCCUUGUGCCAGGCUGGUACCAGGACGGGUGUGGGGAACUCGUCUUGUGGGAGGGAUUAAAAAGGAGCUAGCAGAGGUUGAGACAGGGCCCUGUGAGAGCAGUGUGAUACCAUAGCUGACUGUUGCACCUCGUGCUCCUGCAUGAUCCCUGACCCUGAGAUUUUCCUUCAUGGUCAGGCAUCUCAGGAGAAAAGCUGCUGCCUCUGCCAUGUGGGCCACAACUCCAGGGGAAAGCUGGGGCAGAGAGAGGGGAGAGGGAAGUGCUGUGGUCGCUGUCAGCGAUGCAGUGCCCCAGAGUGAGGAAGUGGUGAGUGCCUGGGAAGGUGCAGGCUGUGUUGGGGUCUGGCCCUGUGGUUGGAGCAGCUGCAGUUCCCCUCCCCACUGAACUGCAGCUCCGCAGCGUCCUAGAGUAGAGGGGACCGAUUUUUUUCCACGGUAUUUUGCUGCCUGGAAGCCACUUGGGCUAUCCUUGAGGGACGUGCAGCUUCACUGUGCUGUGAGCAGACCCAUCUCAUGAUGCUGCUGUCUCAUCCCUUCCUUUUUCUACGUGCCGUGCCUUGCCCUCACCUGCAGGCUUUAAUGCUUGGCAGUGCUGGAGGUUCCUCUGUCCCUAUGGCCAGGAUCAGCAGAGGCCUUGGGAUUGGGGUGAGGUGGAGUUGCUCACAAGACUGCCUGCAGGCUGCUGCCCUGAGUGACUUCAUGCUCUUUAUGCUGUGUGGAGUGCUGGACACAGGAUGUGUUUGGGCCCCAGCUCAGCCUCGGUGCUGAGUCCCCAUCUCUCUCUCCCUUCCAGGCCAGGGGUGAUGACAUGGCCUCUGCGAGCUCCAGCAGGGCCAGGGCAGGGCCACCCUGCGAGAAGUCCCAGCUCUCUGUGAAAGUGGUGUCCGUGAAGCCCAAGGCCCACAGCCGACAGUCACGGAUGAACUGCUUCGUGGAGGUAGCAGGCGAUGGGCUGCCCAGCGAGACCAAGAAGACGGGAAAGCAGAUGGGGAGCUCUGAGCUGCUGUGGAAUGAGAUCCUCAUCUUGAACGUCACGGCUCAGAGUCACCUGGACCUGAAGGUGUGGAGCUGCCAUACGCUGAGGAAUGAGCUGCUGGGCACCGCCUCCGUCAGCCUAUGGAACCUGCUCAAAAGUGGUGGGAAAUUGGAGAACAGGCAGCUGACCCUGAACCUGCAGACGGAGAACAAAGGCAGCGUUGUCUCCGGUGGAGAGCUGACAAUUUUCCUGGAUGGGCCGGCUGUUGAUCUGGGAAGCCUGCCGAAUGGCAGUGCUGUGACAGAGGGUGAGUGCUGCCCGGCUCCGCAUGCAUGCAGCGGCUCUGUGCACGAGGCGGUGAGCAGCGGCGGGGAGAGGAGCGGGGCUGAGAGCACGGCCCCCAGCACCCCUGAGCAAACAUCUGAGUGCCGACAGCCACCUGCUCCCCCAGGGUCCCAGGUGCCCGGACGGGACCCUGGCAGCAUGGCUGCAGCCACGGAGAGCAGACAUCAGUCUGCCACCACAAACUGCUUUGGGAGCAGAUCAAGGACACACCGCCUGGCUGCUGGGGCCUCCAGGCAGGGUGCGGGCAGCGGGGAGCAAAGUCCUAACGCACGGAGCCGGCACCGGCAGCCGCCCAAGAGCCCGACAGCCAGCAGCAUGGCCAACGGCACUGCCAGCAGCACCGUGAACGGCGAUGUGGUGGGAGCUGCAGACGUGGAAGAGGAAAGGCCAGCUGCGGGGACAACGCUGGCUGCGGCGACGUCGAGCACAGCUGAGGUCUCUGUUGCUGCAUCCACCCUUCCUGCCCUGUCUGGCUCCACAGAAGCCGAGGAGGCAGCACCCAGCACCCCACAGGCACGGACAGCAGUGCAGGCUCAGGACUCGCUGCCCCCUGGGUGGGAGCAGCGGGAGCUGCCAAAUGGUAGAGUCUACUAUGUAGACCACAACAACAAGACCACCACGUGGGAACGACCGCUCCCGCCGGGGUGGGAAAAGCGUGUGGACCCCAGGGGCCGCUAUUACUACGUGGACCACAACACCCGCACCACCACGUGGCAGCGCCCCACGGCCGAGUACGUCCGCAACUAUGAGCAGUGGCAGUCCCAGCGCAGCCAGCUGCAGGGAGCCAUGCAGCAGUUCAGCCAAAGAUUCCUGUACCAGCCGUCUGGUGCCCCGUCUGACAAUGAUCCUCUUGGUCCCCUUCCUCCUGGCUGGGAAAAGAGACAGGACAACGCGCGGGUGUAUUACGUGAACCACAACACGCGGACCACGCAGUGGGAAGACCCUCGCACCCAGGGGAUGAUCCAGGAGCCACCUUUGCCUCCUGGCUGGGAGAUGAAGUACACCAAUGAGGGCGUGCGCUACUUUGUGGACCACAAUACACGCACCACCACCUUCAAGGACCCACGGCCAGGAUUUGAGUCUGGGAGCAAGCAGGGUGGAUCACCAGGUGCGUAUGACCGGAGCUUUCGCUGGAAGUACCACCAGUUCCGCUUCCUUUGCCACUCAAAUGCCUUGCCCAGCCACGUGAAAAUCAGUGUUUCCCGACAGACUCUCUUUGAGGACUCCUUCCAGCAGAUCAUGAACAUGAAGCCCUAUGACCUGCGACGCCGCCUCUACAUCAUCAUGCGUGGUGAGGAGGGCCUGGACUACGGCGGCAUCGCCAGGGAGUGGUUCUUCCUCCUGUCCCACGAGGUGCUCAACCCCAUGUACUGCCUCUUUGAGUAUGCCGGCAAGAACAACUACUGCCUGCAGAUCAACCCCGCCUCCUCCAUCAACCCUGACCACCUCACUUACUUCCGCUUCAUCGGCCGUUUCAUUGCCAUGGCUCUGUACCACGGGAAAUUCAUUGACACCGGCUUCACACUGCCCUUCUAUAAGCGGAUGCUGAACAAGCGGCCCACUCUGAAAGACCUGGAAUCCAUUGAUCCAGAGUUCUACAACUCCAUCAUCUGGACCAAGGAGAACAGCCUGGAGGAGUGUGGCCUGGAGCUCUACUUCAUCCAGGACAUGGAGAUCUUGGGCAAGGUGACCACCCAUGAGCUGAAAGAGGGCGGUGAGAGCAUCCGUGUGACAGAGGAAAACAAGGAGGAGUACAUCAUGCUACUGACGGACUGGAGGUUCACACGGGGUGUGGAGGAGCAAACCAAGGCAUUCCUGGACGGCUUCAACGAGGUGGUGCCACUUGAGUGGCUGCGGUACUUUGAUGAGAAGGAGCUGGAGCUGAUGCUGUGCGGCAUGCAGGAGAUUGACAUGAACGACUGGCAGAAGAACACCAUCUAUCGGCACUACACCAAGAACAGCAAACAGAUCCAGUGGUUCUGGCAGGUGGUGAAGGAGAUGGACAACGAGAAGAGGAUCCGCCUGCUGCAGUUUGUGACUGGAACGUGCCGCCUGCCUGUUGGGGGCUUUGCGGAGCUCAUUGGCAGCAACGGGCCUCAGAAAUUCUGCAUCGAUAAAGUUGGCAAAGAGACGUGGCUGCCUCGGAGCCAUACAUGCUUUAACCGCUUGGAUCUGCCUCCCUACAAGAGCUAUGAACAGCUGAAGGAGAAGCUGCUGUAUGCCAUUGAGGAGACGGAAGGCUUUGGCCAGGAGUGACGGAGCCCUGCUGCUCUCCCAGCAGCUCCGGCGGUGCUCGCAGCACUGCUGCCUGUGGGAUGGUGCGGGUGGUGCUGAUUCUGUUCUCUUGUUCCUGUGUGAGGUCUCACACACAGCCCUGGGGAAGUAUCCAUGUGUCUCUUCCAACCCAAACUGAAGUUGGGAGGGGAAAGUGGGGGUAAAAGCCCAGCCCUGCUCAGCCUGGAGCUGAGGAAGGGCCAAACCCAGCCUUGUGCACACAGUGUGCACCACAGCCUCUGUCCCUUCGCUGGGACAUGGGGACUUGGGUGCUGCGUGGGGCUGUGGGCUGCACUCCCUGUCCCAGAGGCUGCUCCAUGUUAGUGGGGUUGUCCCUGCUUGUGGGAAAUCGCUGUGCACCUGGAAAUGGACACAAGGAGCUUCUGACUGAUGCGCUGAAACCAAGCCCCAGUGUUCUCUGCAGUUUAUUUUGCCCCUCUCCCUGUAGCACUACUCAGCCCUUCCCCGUGUGGCACAGAGCCGCUGAUGGACUCCAGCCCUGACUUAAGGAGCCAGGCUGGGGCUUUUCCCAGGCUUAAUUAAGCGAGAUCUGGUUUAGGUGUAGACUAUCCCCCCUGUUAUUUUUUCAGCCUUCCUGUGGCGUUUCAGUAGAUACAUUAAGGAUGAGAAGUGGCUCUUGAGCUGACUCAGGUGCUCAUAAAGAUAUAUUUGCUUUUGGGCCCUAUCCUGCUCCUAGCAAGGUACUUGGGUGCCUGCAGUGGGGGCUGCAGGGUGCAGGCAGGGCUGGGCCUGGCACCACGCUCCACCUUGCUACUGUGUUUUGAGUUGCCAGUGUGCAGUGCAGCUCUGUGCUGUUUGGUAUUUAAAGCAAGUGCUGGGAGCUGGUGCUCUGCAGCUUGUGUGAGGCUCGACCACCCCUAUCCUGUGCUGUGCCAGGAGUUUCCAGAGCUGUGAUAAGGGCAGGAUCAGGCCCUGUAGUACCCGGGGUGAAGGGCCAUGAUGUCCUGGCUGUGAUUCUAGGACGGCCCUGGUGAGCAAGCAUUGGUGUGUGUAUAUCUGUACAUAAAUGAAAUUGUGGAUACAAAGCUCUGCAAUAGCUUCUGACCGGUAACUGGAGCGUUUUGUACUGCACCAUCCUGCCUCAGUGAUGCCAAUUUCUUGUGCAAUAAAAGACAAGCAGCUCUC